AUGGGUGAGUCGGUGAGACUCCGCCGGAGCCAAACCUGCGUCGAUUCAUCAUCGGAGAAAGAUACAACAGACGCUGGCUUGUCUGGUAAAGAUGAGUCCGAUAGCUACGACUCAGAGACAGAGUCAAACCGGAGCUCCGACUCCGAGACCGAGUCGAACCGGAGCUCUGACUCCACAACCACGAAGGGGCUGACGGCGAUCAUUCGAGUCUUGUCUGAUUCGAUGCUGAGAACGGAAAUGGCGGAGAUGGAGAUGAUCAAGGCUCGUGAGGCAGCACGAUGGGAAGCUGAGAAGAAAAGGCUGGAAACGGAGCUCGAGAUGACUCGGAUGGUGCUUCAGACUCAUUUGGAGGUGACAACGUCGUUACUCUCCGGAGAACAGAAGUUUCCUCAGUCAUGGAGGAAGAGGAAGAGAUCAGAAGUUGUGGAACACGAGUCCUCAACAACAAGGGGAAAGAGAUUAGCUUUAUUGGGCUUACUCCAACUUAACCUCAUCUUCUGGAACUCAUUGACCUGA